GAAAAAAACCCAAAAAAGAAAAACGAAUAUUUUUCCGUUAAGUCUUUCUAACACUUCCAAAACUACAUUCCAUGACGAAAACUAAUAAAGUGUUCUCUUUAUCCGAACAAAAAUAGCAUACGAAGAUAAUUUGCCCAUCUAUUAGAGUUUUCAGCAUAAUGACCAGUCUCAAAUUUAUAUCCUUGCAUGUAUAUUUUUGCCGUCCAUCACUCAAAAAAUAAAAUUUUAAUUGGCAAAACUGGGUUUUAAUUACCUGGCGCGACGGCAAAUGGUCAUCGGUAUCCCAUCACCCACCGGAGGCUUACAGAUUUCAACCUCGGUAUGGCCAAUGGGUGCUUUGAUAAUCUGUCUUACCGGACGUAAUUCCUCAUCGGAGCUUAUGGCGGCGCUACGACCGAGCCACCACAUAAAGUGUUGCCGUGAUGAUCAUGCAUUAUUAACGAAAGAACUUAAGUCUAAAGAGGUGAUGCUGAGAGGAGAAGACUGCAGGAGAAGAACGUUUCCAUAUGGCUGGAAGAGCUUGAAGACAUCACUCAUGAGAUGGAAGAUGUACUGGAUGAAUGGAACAUCAAGAUUUUGCAUCCCAAGGAGCUUGAUCAGCAGGGAGCUCAAGUACAGUCUCCAACAUUCUUGGAAAAGGUCCAUUCUUUUAUCCUGUCUCUUUGUUCUUGUCUGAAACAAGUUCCAAUCCUUAACGAAAUAGCCAUAAAAGUUAAGGAGAUUAAUGGUAAACUAGAAUCAAUACUAAGGGAGGCAAAUGAAUUUAACUUUCUUAGUACCCUGAGUAAUAGCCAAAUUCUCCCUCCUGACUUUAAGCGACCCAUUACAACCUCUAUCUUCGAUGAAUCAGAGGUGUAUGGUCGAGAUUCUGAUAGGCAUUUUCUGAUUAUGCAAAUGUUGCCUGAAGUUAAGGAGAAUCGAGUUAAGGUUAUCUCGAUUGUAGGGUGUGGGGGGAGUGGAAAGACCACACUAGCCCAAAUUCUUUACAAUGAUGACAGAGUGAACAAAUAUUUUGAAGUUGCCAAUUGGGUAUGUGUGUCAGAUCCUUUUGAUGAGAAAAGGAUCGCUAAUGCUCUUCUUGAGGGCACAGGGAUGAGCGGUAGUAACCUGUCAGAGUUGGAGUCGCUGUUGCAACUGAUAAAAAGUUUCUUUUCUGGAAAGAGAUUCCUACUUGUCCUCGAUGAUCUUUGGACUGAGGAUUACUCAAAGUGGAAGCCGUUUAGAGAUUCACUCAAGGAUGGUGCUCCUGGAAGCGUAAUCCUGGUGACAACGAGAAAGGAAAGUGUUGCGAGAGUAGUUGGCACUGAUUACCGGCACGCUUUAGAUCUUCUAUCAGAUACACAUUGCUGGUUCAUCAUUAAGCAGAUAGCAUUGUCCAAAAGAUCAGAAUUAUGUUGGAAAGUAGAGAAGAUUGGUCUUAAAAUUGCGGAGAAAUGCAAGGGAUUGCCACUCGCUGCAAGGACAAUGGGAAGUCUAUUGCAGUUUAAAGACACUUUACAAGAGUGGCAAGAUGUUUUGGAUAGUGAGAUAUGGCAAAUGAAGGAAGCAUCUUUGGAGCUUUUCCCCCAUUUCUAUUUGAGUUACAAGGAGCUAUCCCCUCAAUUGAAACGAUGCUUCUCGUACUGUGCAGUCUUUCCUAAAGAUAGCCACAUGAAGGUGGAUAGUAUAAUAAAACUGUGGAUGUCACAAGGUUAUCUCGGCAAUGCGAGUCAAAAAGGUGAUGACAGUAUGGAAAAGAAGGGUCGUGACCAUUUUAAGACUUUGGCAAUGCGUUCGUUUUUCCAAGAGGCAAAACGGGAUUGGCACAAGGAUGGCGUAUUCUCGAUCAAGAUGCAUGACAUAAUUCAUGAUUUUGCACAAUUCAUUGCAAAAAAUGAAUGUCGUGUAUUAGACAUUGCUGAUUGCCAAAAGGUCGAGAACAAGGUAGGAUUUACCAAAGAAAGAUUUCGCCAUGUUACAUUGCUUGGAAUGGAAAAACCAACCAUUUCGUCUAUGGUCCUUGACUUUGGGAAGGUGCGAAGUCUUUUUCUCCCUCCAAAUAGUAAUGUUCCCCAAGAUUUGUGUACAAGUUUGAAAUCUGUGAGGUCUUUAACAUUGUCUGAGUGUGGAUUACAAGAACUGCCACAAGAGAUAGGAAAUCUAAUUCAUCUGCGGUUCUUGAAUGUGAGUUCUAACUGGUUUCGAAUACUUCCAGAAACAGUAUGUGAUUUAUAUUAUCUGGAAACAUUGGACAUUGGUUGGUGCCAGAAACUUGAGCAUCUUCCUGAAAGGAUUGGAGACCUUACACAUUUGAGACACCUUGACAAUGACGGGACAUUUGCGCUGCAACAAAUGCCCCCAGGCAUAGAGAAGUUAGCUUCACUUCGUAGUUUGUCACGAUUCAUUGUUGAUGGUGGAUCAUCCAAUACUGUCGGGAAGUUGAGGCAGUUGAACCAACUUGAAGAAUUGCAAAUUUACGUUCAUUGCUCUGCUGUAAAUUUUGAGCAAGCUCAAUUGGGAGACAAAGUCUUUUUGCAUAAGUUGACAUUAACAUUUGAAAGGAUUGGUAGUGAUGAUUCAAAGAGCAAAAGAAGUUUGGUAGAGAUGAUAAAGGUAAAACCCCCUCCUAAUCUACGAGUGCUUCAGUUGUAUGGAUACCCAACAGCCCAGCUGCCCGACUGGAUUGAAGCCAAAUCUCUAGUUAAUAAUUUGAGAAAUUUGGUUUUGGUUAAUGCUGAUCUGGUUUCAUCAUUGCCUUCUUUAUGGAUGUUUUCAUCCCUUGAAUCCCUCGUUCUUGUGAAUCUUUCAAGCAUAAAACAUAUAGGUCGUGCAUUCUUUGGACUAGUUGAUGAAGGUACUGCAGGAUUUGUAGCAUUUCCCAGUUUGAAAACAUUGAUUCUUCGUUACUUGUCGAAUUGGGAAAAAUGGGAAGACAUGAGUGAAGAAGAUGAUGAGAAUGUGGAGAAUGAUUGUAUCUCUGUCUUGCCAAGGCUCCAAAGUCUACAAAUUUAUGGUUGUGACAAGCUGAAAGCACUGCCGCAUCGAAUCCUUAGAAGGGCCCCAUCACUCAAAAUAUUAAAAAUCCACAGGAGUGAGAUACUGCAGAAGCAAUACUCGAAGUACAGUGGGAAAGAUUGGAUGAAGAUAUCACAUAUUCCUGAUGUUAUUUUUGUUUAAGGUUAGAGAAUAAUUACCAAUUUUAUACUCCUUCGCUUUCCAUUCCCUGGCCUUGUCAUACGUUGCAUCAAUAUUUAUUUGGUAAAUAUGUUGAAAUCACUCAUCAGCUCAGCAGAGAUGAUGAUGACAAUGGCGGGGUGGAAUUAGCAAAUUUAUACAUGGCAAAUGGACAGUAGAAGCUUGUGCUCAACUGUAAGUCAAUUGGUCCAUUCCACUUGACUGUAGCUGCUUUUUUCGCAUAUUGGCUGUUUUUUAGUGCUUGCGGACUCUUAUUUUUGCUGCAACAAUUCUUCGCAUUAACUUUUCCUUUAGUUCAUGUCAAUAAAUUCUUUCAGUAAUGGGUGAGUUGAACAGUGUUUAGUUGCUGUUGUUGACAAUGUUGGACACUCAGCUGGUUCAAUUUGAGCUUUCCAAUGCAGCAUCUCCUUGUUGAUCGUUUUUCUCAUUUGUGCUCUCUUGAUGAUUGAUUUCUUAGUACUAGGAGUUUUGUUACCCUUAGCUUUGCAAUAUUAGGUUAUUAGCUAGGGAGAGCAUAGAGAAAUAGAGAAUACAGUUGAUUCUGACAAAUUGUAAUAUUUCUCAUCGCAGGCUGUGCAAUUACUGUGAUUGUUGUGGAUAUCAUUUGGAAGGUAUAUGCCUACUAAGGCAGAGGUUCUGGUUCUGCAACAUAUGUCAUAAAAGAAGAAGGUUGUAGCUGGGGAAUAUGAGAUUAUGCGCAGUUUUCUUUAGGUGUCCAUAUCUAGUUCGUUGGUUGUGUAUGUAUGUUAAAUAGAUCUGUAAUCAUAUUUUUUGAGUGCAAUGUUUCAGGAAUCAGGACACAGAUCAAACUUACGACCCCCUGUUUUGUUUCGAUUUUAGUUUAAUAAAAUACCAGCUGUUAUUAUCA